AUGCACAGAUCCUACCAGCCGUUAAAGCCCGUCACCAACCGAUACCUGCAGCAGAGAUGGGACCACAACGAGUACGAGAACCACCGCAGGAAGGUGAUCUCCGCCCUGCCAGUCGUGGACAACAAGGGCAUAAGGACGCCAGCUCACGUCCAGCUGAAACUCAAAAAAAUGCAGUGGCAGGACGAGCGUCUGUCCAUCAUCGACAGAGACAGCCGUCUCCUGGCCUCCAAACUGGCCGACAUAGUUUGCUCUAAAGGCCUUGUGGACCAUCGGAACCAGUACCACCUGAGGAGUCUGAAUGCCGACAAGAGGAGGGAGGAGCUUCUGCUGGUCGGCCGUCAGAACCGGGCCAUCUACCAGCGAAUCACGGCCCGCCAGUCACAGUACCGCCGCCAGCUGUGGUUUGAUGACUGGGAGAGGACGGAGCGCUGGCGGGACAAGAUCUCCCAGCAUCCUCGAGGACUUGCAGAGAAACAGAGCUCGAGCAGGAAGGUGAAGUUUGCAGCCGCGGAGAGCAGCGAGAGCUCGGCGAGCUGCAGCAACACCGACCGGACUGACCGAGAAACCUGA